AUGGAGCUUCUUGUUAUGAGUUUAAGACUAUUCUUUUCACCAACUUCCCGGGCCAUCCUUCUUCUGUCCCUCGUCUUGUUAGUUUCAAAAUUUUCCUUGGCUACCACACUUUCAAAUGAAACAGACAAACAUGCACUACUAGAGUUCAAGUCCCUCAUACAUGACAACCCCAAUUUCCUGGCUUCUUGGAAUGAGUCUUUCCAAUUCUGCCAAUGGGUUGGGGUCACCUGUGGCCUCAAGCACCAAAGAGUCGUCGGUUUGAACCUAAAAGACCUGAAAUUGGUUGGCACCAUAUCUCCCCACCUUGGAAAUCUUUCUUUCCUUCGAUCCCUCAACCUUGCAAACAACUCCUUCUCUGGUAGAAUCCCCUCAGAAGUUGGUCACUUGAUCAGGCUUCAAAAUCUGAACUUGAGUCAUAACUCAUUGGAAGGAGAAAUUCCAGUUAAUUUGUCUCACUGUUCCAACCUUGUCAAUCUUGAUCUCCAGUACAACAACCUAGUACAACAAAUCCCAUCUGAACUUGGCUCUUUGUCCAACCUUGAGAUCCUAUGUCUUGCCAACAACCACCUAAGUGGAAGGUUCCCACCAACUCUGGGGAACCUGUCCUCUCUCCAACAGCUUUGGUUUGCAGAAAACAAUUUGGAGGGAGAAAUUCCAAAUACAGUAGCGCAAAUGACAAGUUUGAAAUAUUUUCGAGUCGAAUUGAAUCAUCUUUCAGGUGUGUUUCCAGCUUCCCUUUACAAUCUAUCAUCACUCACAUUCAUUUGCUUGACUUACAACAACUUCGCUGGUAACCUCAAGCCUGAAAUAGGCAUUGCUCUUCCAAAUCUCCAAGUAAUUUGGUGGGGAGGAAACCAAUUCACAGGAAGCUUUCCAGCUUCCUUGGCCAAUGCUUCAGGACUUGAACAGGUUGAUAUGGGUGGGAAUCAAUUCACAGGAAAUAUACCUAUGAGUUUUGGUAAUCUACAAAAUCUUCAACGGCUUAAUGCAUAUGGGAAUCUUCUCGGGAAUCGUUCAGUUGAUGAUUUGAGUUUUCUGAGUUCUUUGACCAAUUGUAGCCAUUUAGGGUGGCUGGAUGUCAGCUACAACCUACUUGGUGGUGAGCUGCCUAACUCCAUAGCAAACCUCUCAACCCAACUAACAUGGCUACAGCUUGGAGGGAAUUUUAUUGGUGGACGCAUACCCAUGCGGAUAUCAAAUCUAACUAUACUUGGGUGGAAAUAA